ACACCCUCCACCGCAGGCCACGGGGCCGCGUCCCCCUCGCCGAUCUAUAAAUACCGGCGAAGACGAGCCAAGCAAGAUCAACACCAUCAUCCCAUCCCAUUAGCGUCCUACUAUUCGCCAUUUUCCUCGGAGAGAAGUAGGGACAGCACCAUGGCCGGCAUCAUCCACAAGAUCGAGGAGAAGCUCCACAUGGGCGGCAGCAGCGACGAGCACAAGAAGGAUGACGAGCACAAGAAGGCGGAGGAGCACAAGAAGAAGGACGGCGAGCACAAGAAGGACGGGGAGCACAAGGAGGGCAUGAUGGAGAAGAUCAAGGACAAGAUCAGCGGCGACGGCCACGGCGACGGCAAGAAGGACGGCGACCACAAGGAGAAGAAGGAGAAGAAGGACAAGAAGAAGAAGAAGGACAAGAAGGACGGCGAGGGCCACAAGGACGACGACGGCCACAGCAGCAGCAGCAGCGACAGCGACUGAGCGACCUCCGGCCGCGCUCCGGCGGCGUGCAGGUGCAGUGCAGGCGAGAUGGAAGGCUUGGGUUAAUUUGGAGCGUGUGGUAGCAUAUGUAUGUAAUGCGCGACAUGUCUCAUGGAUCUUGUGAUGUAAUAACCGGCUGGGCUGCGCUGCGCUGCACUGCACUGCACGGUGCUUGUAAUAAUAACGUUGAGGAGUCGUGUUGGUAUUGAUGUAUCUCCAUUGGUAAUUUGGUAUCAUCAUUUCUAAGUCGUUUGUGGAUGUGGUGUCUAUGUUCAUCUCUAGAAGCGUUUCUUCUUCUUGUUGUUUUUGGCAAACUGGAUGCGCGAGGUUAAAAACAUGUUGAAUGGUUA